AGCAGCGACUGAGUGAAGUACAGAUUCUUGUUUCUGUGUUCACUUCUGAUGAUUUAGAGAAAUAACUUACUGUAAGAGCCUGAAGAGCAGCUGAGUUCACAACACACGGGAAUAAGAGGAAGACUAUAUAAGUUUUCUGUCAUCACGGCUGGAAAAAUUGUAGAGGACUUUGGACAUAAACUGAAGACAGGACUGAUGGAUGUAUUUUGGGCUCUCUUGCUCUGCGUUCAUUUUCUAACUGCAGUUAAAGCGAGCGGUGAGCAUCACUCUCUAAGUGUUUCUGUGCCCCAUCGGAUCUACGAGUGUCCCGAAGGGGCCAAUGUCACCCUGACAUGCAUUCAGUCCGGAUCCAAGGCUAACUUGGCGGACAAGCUGUUUAACACCUGGCUCUUCACGUCUCACUCACAGGAGCGCUGCCACAAGGGCGAACAUCCGCGUGGGUCCGGUCACACCAACCACUCUCUGGGAGUGGAAUACAUCACCGGUAAAAAGUUCUCCAUCUUCUUGCAGAACAUCAAGCACAUGGACCAGGGCAAAUACUGCUGCCUGCUUGUGGACUUUAAUGACAGACACAAGGUCGAGCAGGAGGCCCAUGACUUAAUCUACCUGACUGUGGUGCCAUCAAUGGCAAAUACUCGCAACGGCAGUCUGAAGUGUUUGGAGUGGUCUCACAGUCCUUCAGAUGACUCAGUUGCUGAAGGUCUGGCUAUCGCAGCCUGCGUAGCUUUCAUUCUGUGCCUCCCGCUCAUAUUGAUGCUAGUUUACAGACAGAGACAAACAGUAGAGCGUCACAGACGUUCACAUGAGCUGGUGCGUAUGGACAGUGAAGCACAGGCACAUGAGAACCCAGUGUUUAUGGGCGAUUCUCCACAACCUAAACCCCGCACUGUAUCCCAAAUCAUGAGGCAGUCAUCUGAAACAGGACGCCACCUCCUGUCGGAACCCGGAACUCCAUUCUCCCCAAACAUACACGGGGAAUUGUUGUUCUUCCCAGCACAGGAUCCCAUUCCUGAGUCUCCCAACUUGUUGGAAUAAGAGAUGUCAUGUUCACCCCCCAGGAACACCUAGUGCUUCUUCUUUCUCCUCCACAUCAUCAUGUCUCUUUUCUUCCUGUCUUCUGCAAGGAUGAUAAGGAGAGACCCACCCCCCCCCCCCCCGAAAAAAUGGCAACUGAACUCAGCUCUUCGCUAUUACGAUGGGACCCCUUAUCUGGUGAUGUCUGUGUCUGUCUGCUGAUUGUCUUUGAAUGGGUUUCCAGAGAAGGAAAUUUCACAAGUUAGGGCACUAGGGAGAGCACGAUCACAGGGAAUUUUUAAGAAGAGGAUCCAAAGAUGUCCUUGUGUGCCAUUUGAGUUGAAAAAUUGAUUUCAGCUAAGCUGUUUGCACACAUUUUUGCUCGUCCUGUACUUCAUGUAUCAGUCACACUGAGGCUUCAUUUGCACUUAAAUGACUAUUUUUCACUCUUCCUAAUCUGUCUAUUCCUAUCCUCAUCUCACUUUUCCACUGAAUCAUUCUAUUCAUCUGCUCUCUUCUAGAGGUCAGGGAUGUAUUAAUACCUCAUCCACUCCUGUUUUACCUAUCUCAGUACUUUCUAAAUACCUACUUGCUCAAUACUCCAAUACUGCCAAAGUACUCAGUUAUCACUUUACCACUGAAAUGGCGCCUGUGCUGGUCCCAGAUUUGGAGCUCGGCCAGGGAAUCUGCAGAUCUCAGAACUGGCCUGCUUUUCCAUUGAGUGGAGAGCUGAAUGACGAUGCACAUGACAGUUUGUUUCAAAGUUUUAAAACAUAUUUUACUUUUGAAAAUGAGUGUCUUUAUGUAACGGACCCAGAUUGGGGCCAGCACCGGCAUCGUGUCGGAGGAAAAGGGAUGUUCUCAGUACACUCACUGUUGGACCUGCUGAGAAACGAUGGGCUAUUUUAAACCCUUUCGCGGUGAGUGUGGUGCUUUUAUGAUAUAUGUAGCGUGUAUGAUGCAUUCUGUCAGAAUGAGUGCAGUUUUUUGUGGUAAUUUUGCAUCGUGGCAACUGAACACAAUGCCACUCUCUUACAUCUACGUCACCUGUGGCUUUAAGGGUCUGAGGGCUCAUAAAAGAAAAUUUUCUAUAUUUUGUAUUGAAUUUUUAUCUGAUACAUGUGUAUAUGUGUGUGUGUGUGUGUGUGAGAGAGAGUGUAUAUUCAUUUUCCAUUAAAUUAAAAAAAAAAAAAGCAAAGAGCUGGUAAACAUUUUCAGGAAGCUUAAAAGUUUAAAUCUACUGCCAAACAGAGUGCCAGAAACUUUGCUUUGUGUAUGAAUGAAAGAUUUGUUGGUGAAUGAUUGCAAAUACACAUUGUAAAUAUGCUGAUAAAUACGCCACUUUACCAGUUUUUAUAUUUGAAGUUGCACAUGUGCCUGUACAAAGGUAGCACCGUAUAUGUAGCUCCGAUGCUGUGACACAACUGCUGAUUCCAUUUGCUUAUGUUUCUUUUUAUGAAAAUACAAAUAAAUAAAACGUUCUAGUGA